CCUAUCAGUUACCACCCACCUCUUCAAAAUGAGUGGAAACAUUGCAGCAGGGACCUUCACAGCUGAAAUGUUCAACCAGAAGGAGGAAACCCCAACUGAAGACGUUGCAUCUGGCUCCAUCACUCCCAAUUUGAAUAACCUUGCAUUAGAGCCCCCCAACAUACUAAAUAAUUCAGAUACAGGUGAAAAUCAAUCGACACCCCAUGACGAAAAUUCUGAAGAAAAACCAAAGUUUUCCGAUCCAUUUGUGCUAAAUUUACCGCCAGAAUUGAAGGAUCAACUUAUAAAUUCUCUGAGAAAAAAUGACAUAGAAGAAAACCAAGAGAUGAAUUUAAAACUGGAAACCCCAGAAAAAUCUGUUGAUGAUAGUUUAUCUAAUAAUAUUGAAGGUACACCAAAAUUUACUGAUAAUCUUGUUGACAUAAAACCAACACUUCCAGAAAGAAACCAUAUUACAGAUGCCCUUGAAAGCAAUUUGGAGAUGUUUACAGCACUUGGUGGAAUUGACCGAGCAUCGUCUGCUGAUUCCGAGGCAACAUCGUCCCGGUCCUCAAGGAUAAUGCGAUCAGUCUCAAAUGACGACGACGCUUCAAGUCAGUCAUCUUCAGUCAGAAGCCAUCAGAGACAAGGUAGUACAGGAAUAAGCUCAGGUCCGAAUAGGAAUUGGGUGCAGUUUGAUGAGCCGCAAAGGCCUGGCAGACCCUAUAUACCGAUACAAUACACAG